GUUUUACCAGAUUACCGUACAUCAUGUAUCGAAUAUUGUUGGCUGUGACAAUCUUACUAACUACAGUUCAGGUGUACGCCGAUGAAGAUAAAGAAAAAUGUACAGAAGUUUUAUCUCCUGGAACUUUUCGUUGUUGCAAGAAAGCAUCGUACAAUGGCGGUGUAACUAUAUCAAUUGAAACGCUUCAACAGGACGAGUCUCUCAAGGAAUGUUUCCAACAACCUGGGAGACCAGAGUCAUGUGCACGAGAAAUAUGUAUCGGCAAUAAAAAGGGUUUUGUUACAAUCGAUGGUAAAAUUGAUAAGGCAAUGCUGAAAAUGAAUAUUGAAAGAGAUUUUAAAGAACAACCUGUAUAUGGGGAUAUUCUACAAAAUUGUGUUAAUGGUGAUGUCUCAAAAUAUGGAUCCGACGACAUGUGUGAUAUAAUGAAGCUGAGACAAUGUUUUGACUUGCAAUUUCUAAAAAACUGCAAUGAAUGGGACGACGAAGCACCAUGUACUGGUACAAAGGAUUUGAUCGAAAAAUGCUCUAAAUUGUAUUCCUAAAUAUUAGACCACCAUAUGUUUAUGGAUAACUACUUGAGUUCUUUAUUAAACUAGCAUUAUGUUUUCAUAGUAAAUAUUUUUUUUUAUAACCUGAUAAUAUCUAAACGAUCACUACUUGCAAUAUACUAGAGGCAUCGUUGAAUCUUUACGAACUCUCAUAACGCAGAAACCUUAAUUUAAAAUCCUUAAAAUUAAAUUUAGUAAGAUUAAUUCUUAGUAAGGAUUAACCUUACUAAUAUUAUAAAUAUGAAAAUUUGUUUAUUGAUUGUUACGUACACAGCUUAAAUAAUCACAAUGAAAAAUUAUUCACAGGUGCUAUAUGAAAUAGAAAAGGAUACAGGCUACCUUUUAUCCUGGCCGGUGAACUUAUCCAUAACUUAAACACGAGGGCGAAGUCGCAAGUGUAUGGUUGAAUCUAAUAAUUUCAUUUAUUUUUGUUCCUUUUUCUAAAUUUACUUCUAAAACAGUAGAAUUAUAUCGAUCUUAUUAUAUUAUUUAAAUAUUAUUCGAAGUACUACAAUUUAUGUAUCAACGCUUACAGUCAACUGCUAUGACAAAAUUAUGUUUUACUCUAAAUAGACGUGUCGAGAGUAACGUUUACCAUAACGUAAAUAGUCGACAAAUGACUCUGUCUUUUUGAACAAAACACAAAACCCCAUUGGAGAUUAUAGUUGUGCGCAUAUUUAUUUUAAUUUAAUUUAUAAGUUAUAUUAUAGUUACAGAUUAGAACUCCUUUCAUGUAUGUUUCAGCCAAAAAACCUCUUUGGUCCGUGAAUUUAAAUUAAACCUAAAACGAGAUUUCAAAAUAACGCAGCAAACUUAACCUUCCACCUCUCAAAAUGAAGGUCUGAGUGACGUUCUUUGAAUAAUUUAGACCGAACCAUUCAGGUUAUUUCGACCACACGUCAUGUGGAAACUUUUGUGCCCGCCUCGCCUCAAACGAGUUAAGUUUCCUGCUCAGAAACACUUCAUUUUAUGGCAUUUCUCGAUGACAACUUGUGUAGUUCUCGUUCUUAUUAAGGACUUGGUUUAUAUAUAAGUUUAUUAUUGCUGAGUUUCUUUCUAGUGCUUUAAUUGCUACGUUGUUUCAUUUAGAGGAAAUUCCAUAAUAUCGACAUUCCAAUAUUGACGCUGUUGCAAUGCAGUAUAGAUAACUUACAGAUUCUCUUAUAUUUAUUAUAUUAUUAAUACAUCAGCCAUUAACUCUCCACUGCCGAACAUAGAGUUCCCCUUAUUGGGGAGUUUUGUUAGUAGUUACCACGCUUAGCACGCGGGUUGACAACCGCAGUUAGACUUUAGUGAUGUUUUGAAAAAGAUGCUACUGUCCAUCCCACGACCAGUUCCAGUUCUCUUAUUCGAAUCUUACGAUACUCAUGGGAAAAGAAGGAGUGGCCUGAUCUAUGCCGGGACCUUAGGACAAAUGUAAUACUAACAAUAUAGAAAAAUAUACAAUAAUCUGUUCAUAUAUCAUGACUGAGUAUUAACACACAUUUAUAUACAUAUAUAUAAAAAUCUUUAACAAAUUUAACAUUUAUAUAUAUAAUAUUUCGUUUUACUCUUAUAUUAAAUAACACGAAAUAUAAAGCGUAUUAAACGAAUUCUUGUAUUUAAUUUUAACCGCCCAAUUAUGUUUAUAACCAAACAUUGAUAUACAAAAAAAAAAACAACACAUUUUUGUAGAUAUAGUUGCGAAAACAUGAAUAGACAUUAGAAUGUGAUAAAUAUUAUUAUACGUUUUGUCUGUAUUUUUAUACAACAGUACCAAGAGAAACUAUAUUUUAGCUUAAAAUUGUGUACAUGUUCAUAACGUUUUAUUUAAUAAUUAGAAAACCGUUAGCCAUUCUAAGAACCACAAACAUAAAAAUUUUAUUGUGAUGGAUUAGAAAGUACAUACAAAGACUUCACGACACAGGGAAUCCUAAUGUGAAGUUUUGGGAACA